ACCCACUCCGUCGCCAAGCGUACAAGGGAAGGAUCCCGAGAUCAGGUGAUUUCCACGCGCGGGCCUCCGGAGGCCGUCCCCUCCUCGCGCCUAUAUAAAACCCCUCGAACAACCGCCCUUUCUCCCCACUUUCUUCCCUUUCUCGUUUUCUUCCCCCUUCUCGCCCGCUCGGCGCACUUCUCCGGGGAUGGCCGCGCUGCCGCCGCCCAAUCCCCAUGUCUUCAGCGUCCGGAUCGUCUCGCUCGACUACUAUAUGGCGUCUCCAAUCCCCGAUCUCGACUUCUGCUACAGUAACUUCCAUGGGAGAAAUGUGGAGGAUGUUCCAGUUAUAAGGAUAUAUGGCUCUACUCCUGCUGGACAGAAGACUUGCCUUCACAUUCAUCGGGCCUUGCCUUACUUGUACAUUCCUUUUCCUGUUGAGCUGCUUCAAAAUCCUGAGGAAGGCAAUGCAUUUCUUCAUGAUCUAAUGAAUGCUAUCGAGAAAGCUUUAAAAAGUCAAAGUACUUCUGUGUCCAAAAGACAACACAUACAUGGGUGCAGCCUUGUUCGGGCUAAGAAAUUUUAUGGCUACCACUCAUCAGAGGAGCUCUUUGUGAAGAUGUAUUUAUAUUAUCCUCAUGAGGUAGCCCGUGCUGCUACUCUGCUUUUGGGUGGUGCUGUUCUUAAUAGAAGCUUCCAGCCCUAUGAAACUCAUAUCCCUUAUCUUCUUCAUUUUUUGGUUGACUUCAAUUUAUAUGGAAUGAGCCAUAUACAUACCUCAAAUGUUAGAUUUCGUCCUCCAUUACCAGAUAGCUUCUUUCCUAAGGUAGCUUGUUUCAAGAAUCAUGAUAUUGGAGCAGGUACAGGAGAUGCAGUUAGUAAUUCAGCAAUUUGGCUUUCUUCUACAGUUCCAAGUGCUUUGAUUUGGCCUGAUUCAGCUACUGGAGUUAUCUCAGAGAAUAAUCCCAUUAACUUCAUUAGACGUCAAAGUAUCUGUAUGCUUGAGGCAGAUUCGAGUGUGGAUGACAUUCUAAAUGAGAAACAUAAAAUGUAUACGUCUCUUUCUCAGACUAGAUCAGAUGUUAGAAUGGUUCAGUCACUUAUACCAAUUUGGGAGGAAGAGUAUGAACGGUCAGGAAUACAGGAGGCAGUAAAGUUUGCUGAUGUUAGCAAACCUCAUCCUGAAGAUGUAUUGAAAAGUUUUUUACUUGGACUUGAACAUGAGAAUGCACUCUCCAAUUUAUUCUUAGAGGCACAAAAGUCCUUCCCUCUAAAUAUUUCUGCAGUCAAGGAGGAUAAGAGGUUAGAGAAGUACAUUACAUCAUUUACUGACAUUGCCAAAACACUCACUCCAAUAGAACAUCAGAGACUAAGCAGUUCGUGCACUGAACCUUUGAAGUGUUCUGAAGAAAGCAAUGAUAAAGCACUGUCUUCACCUGAACCUUCCUCCAAGAAAAAUGAGGAUACCGUACCUUAUGAGGAAAACUGUGAGUUUCAUGAAUUGACACCUACAGUUAUCAGGCCAUCAUCAUUGCAGAUGAUUGUAUCUGAAGAUCUGAAGAGUUUAGAUACUGAAGCGCUUGGGCUUUUAAGCUGGCUUGCAUCUUCACAAGCUGUAGAAGACUUGACUACUGAUGAUGAAUUAGUUCAUGAAGCAAUUCUCAGUCCCUUAUUUCCUACAAAAUCCUACCAAAAGGCUUUAGAGAUGGCUCAUCAAGAUUAUUUGAGUGCUUCCCAGCAGGAAUGCCAGGAUAUUCUUGAUUCUGUUGAAGGUACCAUCAAGUCUGAGGUACUGAAGGAAAACACUUCUUGUGCUGGGGAUCAUGAGCAUAUGGCCAGUAUUUCAUCAGGUGAUACAAUUCCUCAAGUUGAUGGAUCAUCUGAUGAUAAUUUUAAAACUCCAUGCAAAGCCAAUCUUUCUGAGAUAAAUACAAGUAGUGAAAGGGAGACAUCACCCACUCCUCUGAUGGCAAAGUGCACAAAUACGAGGCAAGACAGCAUUCACAGUAGAAACAAACUUCUAUGGUGCCCUUUGCCGUUCUCUGUUAAAGAAAACGAGCACGAAGAUUUUAAACAUGGCUCUGUUGAUUCUCCUUCAGAUGAUUUGAUGAAAAAUGGUACCGAGCAUUGCACCUCAUCUGGGAGCAAAGGGGAGAGGAGUUACAAUGCUACAAAAGUUGAUGCAGGCACAGGGACUUCUAAUGAAAAGGUAGGAAAGGCAUUGGCUGCAUGUUCUGUGAGAGAUUUGAUGAGGAAAAAGCGGUGCUUCCAGGGUGAGCAGUCUGAAUCUGAUAGACCUUUCAUUAAGUCAUUAACUGAGGUGAAAAAGAAUAUGAUUUCAGAGGGAUCAAACUAUCAUGUCUUGCCCCUUGACACUUUACAUGUAAGGUCAUCUGAAAUUGUUCAAGAGAACAUAAUGUCCGGUGAAGGUUGCAAGCAAGAUGUAUGCACAUCCAGCAUUCUUAGUGAAGAACAAGUAAUUUUGCAUAGUGAUAGCAAGCACAUCUGUAAACAUGACGCUGACGUUGCUCCAGAGGUCUUUGCUGAAACACACAUUAGCAGCCAAACAGAUUCAUAUUCUGCAUUCGAUACAAACCUUCUGCAAACUAAUAAUCUGGUCAGUGGAGAAGGGGGUGCAGGAAACAGUUCAGUUUACCCUGAUUGCAAAACCUGCAGUGGUUCAAAUAUGGAAAAGACUCCUUUAGAAUGUAUUGAGAUGACUUUUGGCAGGAAACCACCCUCUAAAGAUCAGAUUGAGAUGAUUUCAGAGGAUUUUCCUGGGGCUACUGGGCGGCUUGUUGGGCCCUUGAAUGCUCAUGAUGAAUCAUCAGCCUUCAAUUCUUGCUCCGUUUACUUUGAGAGGCAGGGGAAGGAUGACAUCCUCCCUUUUUUUGAAAGGACCUCUGUUGAUACAAGAUCAUGUAGAUUGUUGCCUAGUGUAGUAAACCCUAAUUUUGGUCAGGAUUCUGCAGCAGGUGCCCCAACUCACUUCCAAAAUGAUGGUUCAGUUUUAUACUUACUGACUCAUGCAUUUUCACCACCAACUUCAGACUCUGUUUGUCAAUGGCUUUUGGAAGAAGUCCUGUGCUGCCAUUCGGAUGAUGCCACUGGUGACUCUGAAUGGAACCUGCCAUUAUCAUCACCAAAGUCUUCUUUCAAGUUCGGUAAUGGCCCGGAGGACGCUGGUAAAGGGCCUGCUUGUGAUGGUUCCUUGCCAGAAUCUAAAGUUGCUUUUCAUUUGAAGCCAGAUUUCUCCCCAUCAAGUCAAGAAAUAAAAAUACACUUGCCUGUAGUUGAUAUUCUUUCUAAUGAUACAAAAUUAGCUGGCAAUCGUAUGAAAGAAAAUGCAGUUACCGAUAGUUGUCAUGCCUCGCAGAUUUCAGGUCCAGAUGGGAAAUCAGAUCUUACCCCUCUCAGUCAAAUUGGUUUUCGCGAUCCUGCAAGUGUUGGUUGUGGACAACAACUGACAAUAAUGAGUCUAGAGGUGCAGGCAGCAUCUAGAGGAGAUCUACGACCUGAUCCCCGAUUUGAUGCCAUAAACAUUAUAUCUGUUGCAGUUCAGGAGGAUACAAGCCCUGCUUUGGAUAUUUAUGUCCUUAUGCGUGGUAACGAUGACGAUUCAUAUAGGAGAUGCAGAAAUAUUGAUGGAGUUUCUGGUUGCAAUAUUGUUGUAAUAUCUGAAGAAAAACUCCUCCUGAAUCAUUUUGUGAAGAUCAUUUCUUCAAUUGAUCCAGAUGUUCUGAUGGGAUGGGAGAUUCAAGGUGGCUCUCUUGGUUUUCUUGCUGAAAGAGCAGCACAUCUAGGUAUUAGCUUGCUUAAGAACAUUUCUCGUACACCAGCAUAUGAGAUGAAAAAAAGCAUCCGGAACUCAGCAAACCCUGAAUCGUGUAAUGUACUUCCUGAAACUUCAGUUGCUGAUACUGUUCUUGAGGAUGCUAUAAUUGAAGAUGAAUGGGGUCGUACCCAUGCUAGUGGUAUACAUGUUGGUGGACGGAUUGUGCUUAAUAUAUGGCGACUCAUGCGUGCAGAAGUUAAGCUUAAUAUGUAUGCUGUUGAAGCUGUGUCUGAAGAAGUUCUGAGGCGAAAGAUUCCAUCAAUUCCAUGUAGAGUAUUGAAUAAAUGGUUUUCAAGUGGUCCUGGUCGAGCAAGAUAUCGAUGUAUAGAAUAUGUCAUGGAGAGGGCAAAGCUUAAUCUUCAGAUAAUGAAUCAAUUGGAUAUGAUUAAUAGGACAUCUGAGCUUGCUCGUGUUUUUGGCAUUGACUUCUUCUCUGUUUUAUCACGAGGUUCACAGUUUCGUGUUGAAUCUAUGCUCCUAAGAUUAGCACAUACACAAAACUAUCUCACAAUAUCUCCAGGAAAGCAUCAGGUAGCCUCGCAGCCUGCAAUGGAGUGUUUACCACUUGUUAUGGAGCCAGAAUCUGGGUUCUUUGUUGACCCAGUUGUUGUACUGGAUUUCCAAUCCCUUUAUCCAUCGAUGAUAAUAGCAUACAAUCUCUGCUUCUGUACAUGCUUGGGGAAAGUCGUUCCUUCCAAAUCAAAUGUGCUUGGUGUUAGCUCUUAUUCACCGGAUCCACAUCUUUUGAGGGAUUUAAAAGAACAGCUUCUGCUAACUCCAAAUGGGUUUCUGUAUAUUCCCUCAAAGGUCCGUAAAGGCGUGCUACCCCGCUUGUUGGAGGAAAUAUUAUCAACUAGGAUAAUGGUGAAGCAGGCAAUGAAAAAAUUGAGGCCUUCACAGCAAGUUUUGCAAAGGAUAUUUAAUGCAAGGCAGCUAGCUCUGAAGCUUAUAGCCAAUGUUACUUAUGGUUACACAGCUGCCGGCUUUAGUGGUCGCAUGCCUUGUGCAGAACUUGCAGACAGUAUUGUACAGUGUGGUCGUAGAACACUUGAAACAGCAAUCUCAUAUGUAAAUGCAAAUCCUAAGUGGAAAGCCAGGGUUGUAUAUGGUGAUACUGAUAGCAUGUUUGUUCUCCUGAAAGGACGUUCAGUGGAAGAGGCAUUUAGGAUAGGAAAUGAGAUUGCAUCUGCAGUGACAGCAAUGAAUCCAAAUCCAGUGACAUUGAAAUUGGAAAAGGUCUAUCAACCAUGUUUUCUUCUUUCAAAGAAGCGCUAUGUUGGCUACAGCUAUGAGAGUCCUGAUCAAAAAAAGCCAACUUUUGAUGCCAAAGGUAUUGAAACAGUACGCAGGGAUACAUGCCCAGCUGUUGCGAAGACCCUGGAGCAGUCUAUAAGAUUGAUUUUUGAGCAUCAGGAUAUAUCUAGAGUUAAAUCCUAUUUGCUGCGUCAAUGGACACGAAUAUUAUCUGGAAAAGUAUCUCUUCAGGAUUUUAUUUUUGCAAAAGAGGUUCGCUUGGGUACUUACAGUGUUAGGGCUUCUUCCCUUCCGCCAGCAGCGAUAGUGGCUAUCAAGGCAAUGAAUGCAGAUCCCAGGGCAGAGCCACGCUAUGGAGAGCGAAUCCCAUAUGUUGUGAUUCAUGGAGAACCUGGAGCCCGUCUUAUUGACAUGGUUGUUGAUCCAUCUAAUCUCCUGGAGAUCAACUCUCCAUAUAGAUUGAAUGACCUGUAUUACAUCAAUAAGCAGAUCAUUCCUGCAUUGCAACGAGUGUUUGGGCUUCUUGGCGCUGACCUGAACCAAUGGUUCUUGGAAAUGCCUCGCCCAGUAAGACCAUCACUGGCUAAACGUCAUUGUUAUGUGUCUCAUUCAUGGUCUUCUCAUGAUAUUGAUGAUAGUAGACUAGGGAUUCAUAGAAAGGCACAGACGAAAAGAAGCAGGAUAGAUACCUAUUAUAUCACAAAGAAUUGUAUUCUGUGUGGUGAGUUGGUUCAAAGAAAAGAAUACUUGUGUGAUAAAUGCUCGGAGAAGGAAGCACUUGUUGCAACAGCUGUGGUUGGAAAAACUUCAAAGUCGGAGAGAGAGAUCCAACAUCUUACUGCUAUAUGCAUGCAUUGCGGUGGCGGUGACUGGAUCCUAGAGAGUGGGGUAAAGUGCACUUCUCUUGCAUGCUCAGUCUUUUACGAGAGACGAAAAGUUCAAAAGGAGCUACAAGCUCUCUCCACAUUUGCAGCGGAAGCAGGACUGUAUCCAAGUUGCAGGGCUGAGUGGUUCUAAUCUGUAAUUUAUUUUUCUAAUGAGGUUUUUCUCUUUGGGGUGUAUUUCUAAUGAGGUUGUAAUUCAGAUAUGUAAUAUAUUGUUUGAUAAAUGUAUCUUCUGUACAGUAUGUAAAAUAUAUGUUGUAUCAAUACCAGAAAUAUACCAAAUAAAACAGUUUCAUUUAUUCAGAAA